GUCUUUUAAUUAUUAAAUUCACAAUUUUCUUUACGCCGUAAACUUUAUAAUUAAACUUUGAUUAUAAAAAAAAAUAAUAAAAUGUCAGCGUUUAAAUUGGAAACUAAAAAAAAAAACAAUGAAGUAAUUAAAGAUAAAGAAGAAAUAAAAUCAUACAGCGGUUUAAAAUUAAUAUCCUCAACAAAAGUUUUUGAAAAAUUUCUAGAUAUUUGUUACUGCACUGACAGCAAAGAAUUUCUUUUACUCGAUGACGGUUUAAAAAUUCACAGAUAUUUAUUAGACGGACAAGUAAUCCACCCUUCAUUUAUUCUGAGCCCUAGUAUGUUAUUUUCUAAAAUAAUUUGGUGUGAAAGCAUUAAAUUAUUUGCAUGCUAUGCUCCUCAUUAUGAAACUAUUUGGCUCUUGGAUCAAAAAUUCAAAUCAAUACAGACAAUAAGAAAUGAAUUUAAAAUUGAAAAUUUAAUUUUUUCUUAUGAUGAAUUUAUUGUCGUCGGUCUUAUCAAUGUCACUAGAUAUUUGAAAAAUAAAUUUAAAUUGACUUUCGAGUGUCAUCAAAAAAUAAAUAUAAUGGAUGAUAAUUAUGGAUCUGUAUGGUCAAUACAAUGCUCCUCAUUAAUAACCAUCGAUAUAAAUUCACCAUUAAAAUUAACUGGAUCUUAUUUAACGACAAUGUAUGUUAUGCCAUUGAACCCAGACGAAGACGAAGACACAAGUCUUCCAGUCAAGUUUUUAUCAAAAAAAAUUAACGCUUCCGCAUCGGCAAUUACAGCUCUCUAUUAUCAAUCUGCAAGUAAAUGGAUCAUUACCGGCGAUCAACUAGGCAAUGUUUCCGCAUGGACGAUAAAUUUAGACAGAGUAUUUAAUUACUUAGCCGGCCAUAAAGGCGCAGUGAAGACAAUCAUCUCUCAUCCUUCAAUUUGCGGCUUCAUUACAACGUCCACGGACAAUAUUCUUCAAGUAUGGAGCUGCAAUUUUAAAGAUAAAUCUGAAUCCUUUUCAAACCUUGGAGCAAUAACUUCAAUGGCAAUUAAUGAAUCAUCUUCACUAGUAACUCUAGGAACAAAAUUAACUUUUUUUUACACACACCAGCUUUAUUUAUUUUAUUCUCCACUUACUGCAAAACCAAAUAUUUUGUUGUCUACCCAAAAUCUAAUUCAUCCAAUGCGCAUUGUCGUCAGUAAUAAUUAUAAUCAUACGAUAAGUAUUUUAUCAUCUGCUAGUGGAAAGCAAAUAAAUGUUAUUGUCCUUCCAUCAAAUGUUGAUCCUAUUUCUAUGUCUUACAGUUCAACCACUACUGACAUUUAUAUCGUUCCGAUGAAGAUACAAAAUAUCAUAAUCUUGAAUUCUAAAAUAUAUCCAAUGAAGAUUAAAAAUUCAUGGACAAGUGAAAAAAGAAUAACAACUGUCGUAGUAUACGAUCAUCAUCAACAAAUUGAAUCUAAUCAAUUUCAAACUGCGAAUCCUAAUUGUAUGCGAGUAAUUGCUGGAACAGAUACAGGGGAACUGAUAUCUAUUGAAGAAUCAACUGGAAAAUUCCAACAAAUCAUAAAAGCACAUAAAGGAUCAAUUAAAAAAUUAUGCGCGUCCUAUAAAUCCCGUCACAUAUUUUCUAUAGCAGAAGACAGAUGUGUAAAAGCAUGGAGAAUUUUUCCUGACAUUAUUGAACCCUUAGCAUUAAAUUACUGUAUUUAUUUAACUACUCCAGUAAUUAACAUCGCAUCCGUAGGAUUUUCAGUUUGUGUAAUUACUAGUACGAAUGCUAGACAUCAACUUUUAAUGUACGAUAUAAAAAAUAAAAAUAAAUAUCAACAUAAUCAAUCAAAAGAUCAUGAUAAGCGGAUUCUUGAUAUUUCUACCCUUGAAUCUUUAUUAAUUUGCGUGACAUCUUCAGAAGAUUUUACUUUACGCGUAUGGAGUAAACAGAACGAUCUUCUCAAAAUAAUUGAAAUAAAUUUAAGUGCAGCACAACUGACAUUUUCUUCAUUAAGAGGAGACAUUAUUUUCAGUUGCGGCAAACAUUUAUAUCUUCUGCCUCAUGAAAAUUAUUUACCAGAGCGGUAUAAAAUUGACAUAGAAAUGAAAAAUAUUUGUGAAGAAAAAGAGGAAGAUAUAAUGGCAAGAGAUGAAGAUGAUGAUGAGUACAUGGAAUACGAAGAGGAUGAAAUUAAAAGCAGAGCUUUGCAUCCGGUUAGCAGCGUGCCUUUAUGUUCUUUGGACCCUUCAUCAGACAUUCCACAUCUUGGGACACUUUUACAAGAACAAAAACUUAUGCAUUUUAAAUUGCGUGACCGGGACAUAAAAGCAAUCGAGCAAGGCACUGCUGAGCUUUCUGAAAAACGUCAAAAAAUGAAAAAGAAAAAAGCUUUUAUUAAUUACGACGAGUGGAACAAAUAUGUUGAUGAUUUAGCUAAAGAUAUUGAGAGUAAAAAUAAAAAUAAAAACAAUUUUCCGUACAAUUUUUUUCAACAGAGGCGUAGAGCUAUAGAAAAAUCUUCAUACGCUUCAGAUUUCAUGGAAUUUAAUUACGAAUGGUUAGAAAAAACUAUUCCUAAUUCUCUGGUAUCAGAAAAAUUAAAGGAAGAUAACAAAGAACCUGAACCUCCAACAGAAAAAAAGACAUAUAAAUAUAAAUAUCCAGAGGUUUAUUAUAAAAUAUAUUCGGGGUGUGCGAAUAGUUCGAACUUACGAAUGAUUUGGAUCGAAUCAAAUCCCAAGGAGCACACUUGCCUUUGUGACAUCUAUAAAAUAUCAGUUUUUAGGCUACUUUUUGACAUAUCGAUAAGGCAGCAAUAUGUUGACAAAACGAUUAGAAAUUUAUGUCAUGGAAAAAAUGUCUACUGAAAAGACUUAACACAAGUGACGACAAAAAGUAAAUUACAAAUAGUGGUAAAAUAAGUCAUCUAAAUGACUUUUUAAUUGAAAUAAGACAGGAAAAACAACACAACUCUUCUCUGUCUUCGGAACCAACAUUUGCAUGUCGUAUUUAUACCAAAAAGGUGAUUUUGGGACAAAAAAAAAAUUUGUCUUAUCCUUUUAAAAGACAUCUUAAAGUUAUCUCUGUGCUAGUUGGGAUGAUAUAUUCUAUUCGAAUAAAUGGAACUUCCGAAUAAUUCUAAUUUUUUAAAGUAUUCGUAAUUUUUCAAAUAAUUCGAAACUGCGAAUUAUUCAUGAAUUCUCGAAUAAUUCAAAAAUUUUCUUUCCAGCGGCUUAAAAAUAUAAUAUUUUUCACAAUAGUUCAAAUUUUUGUCAGAGGUACCCAAGUAGCACAGAGUCAACUUUAAGAUGUCUUUUAAAAGGAUAAGACAAAUUUUUUUUAUGUCUCAAAGACACCUUUUUGGGUAUAAAUACGACAUGCAAAUGUUGGUUCCAUAGACAAAAAAUAGUUGCGUUGUUUUCCCUGUCUUAUUUCAAUUAAA